AUGACCCUGCAGCUUGCCAUUCUGAACGUCGUGCUCUCGGUCAUCGUCGCCGACUCCCAGAGCGCCCUCGAGGACGACAAGGAACACAGGGCGAAGCAGGUUGAGGAUAAGAAGAGGUCGUCCCUGAAGAGCCUGAAGGCGCUGCUCAAAAAGAUGGACAAGAACCAUGACAAACAGAUAGCGUGGAACGAGUUCGUUGAGGCUUGGCGGACCCAGCCUCAUUUCAGGAGUCUGAUGACAAUCUUGGACGUCGGCGAGGAGCGGCUCAAGGAAGUCUUCGAUAUGAUGGACCUGGACCGCAGCGAGACCAUAAACAGGGAGGAGUUUCUCCGCUUCAUUCAGGAGACGCAUUUCUGCGACAUGCGGAUGCAGAUCACCACCAUGAAGAUGGACCUCGACCACAAGUGGAAUUUGCUGCUUGAUCUACACGACUCCGUCGCCGUGCUCGCCGCGGAGCAACGCCACACCAGAGCAAGCAUUUGCUCGUCCCAGGGGAUGGCCGAGGAGCUUCCCGUGGUGAAGGCCGAGCCGCUUGCUGGGGUUUGCUCUGGGGCCGAGCUGCGCUCCGUCCUCAGCACGGCGCUCGGCGCUGCCUUUGGUGGGCUGGAGGCGAGGCUGGCCGACCGGCUGGAGCAGCUCGAGGCAGCGCUGGCGCCGCCCGCUGCGGCCCCGCAGGCCGAUCCCUCGGAGGGCGGCAGUGGCGGCUGCGCAGCGCUCGGCGCUGCCUUGGCUGGGCUGGAGGCGAGGCUGGCCGACCGGCUGGAGCAGCUGGAGGCGGCGCUCGCGCGGCCCGCCGCGCCCCCGCUGGCUGAUGCCCUGGAGGGCGGCGCCGCGGGCGGCGGGCUCGUCGCGGAGGCGCCCGAGAAGCCGCGCGGCGGGCCACUCGAUGCGGGCCCGCCGGCGGCCGUGCAGGUCUGCCCGCUGCAGCUGCCGGCGCUCCCAGCAGCGGGGGCGGGCCAGGGCGACCAAGGGGUCUGUGGGUCUGCGCUGGCGCCUGCUGCCCGCGCCGCGGACCGUCCCGCCGCCCGCGGUGCAGCCGUGGGAGCGGGGCCGGUCCCGGCCGCAGAGGCCCAGCUGCCCGAGGCCUCCCCCCCGCCGCGGCGCGCGCCGCCGGGAGCCGCCGCCGAGGCCGCCCGGCCGAGGUCGGCGUCGCCGCGGCCGGGGCAGGCGUGGGCCGGCGCCGCGGGGAUAGGUGCCCCGCACGAGACGGGCGGCCAGGACACCCCCAACGCUUGGCACCCGCAAGCGCGGUCGCCCAGCAGCCCCGCGGCGUUUGAUGCCAGCUUCGCCUGGUCGCCCGUUCCCGGCGGGCUGAACGCCAGCGGGCCCUGGCAACGCGUCUCCGCGUCGAUGCAGGCCAGCCUCCUCGCAGCGGCCCGGCAGCACGCGCCCGUGCGCGCGCCCCUGCUGCCUCCGCUGUCGCUCGGGCCCGCGAGCGCGUCGCGCGUCGGCGUGGCGCUGCAGAUCGCCGCCGGCGCCAGCGCGGGCGAGAGCCUCCCUUUGCAGGAAGUGGUCCGCCGCAUGGAGUCGGCCGGCAUCCCGCUGAACGCCGAGGAGCAGCAGGUGCUCGCCAGCUCCCUGGCGAUCGGGCGCGGGCUCUGCUGA